CGGACCAAUCUAUAGAGCGAGCUAGCGAAACUCAUGAUAUUUUGAAUGGGUAAACUGUGAACUUGGAAAAGAUAAAAAGGAUAAUUGAUGUAAUCAAAAUGAGUAUUGCUGAGAAGAUUUUUAGGCAGGGAAGUCCUAUAACCGGAAAACUACUCGCAAAAUCGCUAUUUUUGAGGAGAUGUUUCACGUCAUUUGGUUAUUGCAAGGUCACAGAGUUUCUCACUAAAAGAACAUGGUGCAACCUUCGGCACAAUUUUCUUGUAAAGGAAACACUUCAGAACAGAAAGUAAGAUGACGAUGGUAAAAGUGUAUCCUCUGAAUCCUCUGUUUCAUGUAAAUGUUGGUUUCUCACUGUUGAAUAGCUUAUCCACAGUUGAAUGGUUAAAGGAUGUUUUCAAUAAUCUUUUAGUGGCAUUACAUGGAGUCAAUUUCGAAGAAUCUGCAGUCAGUCAACAAGCCAUGGAAUGCCUACCCAGGUAAGAAAAGGAUCUCUUCGAAUUUGUGUCGUAGGUUUGAUUUACUGAAGCCAUUUCAAAUCAGAUCUCUUAGAAGUUAUGAUAUGUGAUGUCUUUUGUAAUUUUCUUGUUAGGAUACAAUUGAUAUGUCUAUGUUUCCAGUGUCAAGAGUUAAAAAUUUUAGCAUUAUUGCUCAUAUUGACCAUGGAAAAAGUACUUUAGCUGACAGACUUCUUGAAAUGACUGGUAAGUAACAAGUGUAUUGUAAAUAUUCAGACUACAUGCAUGCAAUAAGUGUUUUGUGUUGUAUAUUACUUUAAAAGUCAGAAAACUAUGAAUGCUGGAAAUAUCUUAUGAGCUCAUUCGGCAUGAGGAAUCCUAACAAUAGCACAAAUUUGUGUCUGGUUUGUGUAAAUUGUGAUCUCCAUAUGGUUGGUCAUUUGCAAGAUGCAUUCCAGACAUAUUUCAGCUUUGUGUGGUUCUCUGAGUUUAACAGAAAAACAUCUUGAUAUGGGACUCUCCAUGGGAAAACGGACACUAACACUUGUCCGUUAAACAGCCUAGAAAAAUGGUUUUAAAUGGAUACUAAACGGCCAACUCAAGUGUUUAAAUGGUUUCCAUAACCGCCUAAACGGAUGGCAAAAAAUUUAAACGGUAGACCAAAGUCCAAAAAUGAAUAGCUUAGGCCUUCAAAUGGUUGACCAAAAAUAGAAACGGAUUGCAUGAAACGUUAAAUGGUUUACCAAAGUCCCAAAACGGAUAGCUAAAACAGUACUAAAUGGUUGACCAAAAAUACAAACAGUUGGCUCAAAACAUUAAACGGUUGACCAAAAGUCCUAAAAAGUGGAUAGCUUAAACCAAAUGGAGCGCUAAAAAUUAUUUUAAAACAGUUGUGGUUGAGCUUGCGAGAUCUUUGCAGAUUAACUUUCCGAGCGCUAAGGGAUAAUUAUCUUGAAGCGAAAACAUUGAGCAUAAUAACUUGAAAAAUAAUAACUAGGAUAUACUUGUGCAUUUUAUUUCUGGGUAAAGUCUAUUGCCGUUUUCAUGUGACAUUCAUGAAGUAAGUGCAAUUUACCUAGAAUAGUUUCGCUGCCAAAUAUCCUGAAUGGUCACUGGGAGAAAGUCAUAAUCUCUUCCUUUGUUUAUUAUUAUUAUUGAAAAUGAACUUUUUGUUUUGAAAUCAGGUACAAUUUCAAAAGACAAUGUCAAUAAGCAAGUGCUGGAUAAACUUCAAGUGGAGAGGGAGAGAGGAAUAACAGUUAAAGCUCAGACUGCAUCAUUAAUUUUUGAUUAUGAAGGAGAAGCAUACUUGUUAAACCUUGUUGAUACACCAGUGAGUGUAAAUACGUGUACAUAGAUUGACUUUGAUAAUAAACCACUAUGUCAGAUAUUAGGCUAGUUAUUGUAACAAGAUCAAAUUAGUGAACAAUUUCUUCCUGUUUUAGGGACAUGUGGAUUUUAGCUAUGAAGUGUCCAGAUCUUUAGCUGCUUGUCAGGGUGUUAUUUUACUGGUUGACUCAGCUCAGGUACAGUACCUCGUCUUUCCUUGUUACAUGAAGCAUCUUUCUUAUUAUUUAGGUGCUCUGUAGGAGGCCUGAGUUUAAAAUAUGCUGUUGUGUGGAGUGAGUCACAAGUGACCAUCAAGACUGAACAGGCUUGCUUGAGUCCUAUGGGUGUUAAUUUGCAUCAAACAAGUUAAAUGACCCAAUGGUUACUUCUAGUGAAGGCUGAUUUGUUGGAAGUCUAGGUGUUGAAAGUGAGAGUGAAUACUGCGAUGUCUAAAUGGCUCAAGAAACACACAAAUACACAUGCUGUCUCUGUUAGGUCCACAUGAAAAGAUGUUGUGUGUGUUUAUAAAAAAAUUGGUCUGUAGGCUUCAUUAGAGAUCAGUUUUAAACGGAAAAUUGUAUACUCAUCAACAAUCAUUCAACUGCCAUGUCAAAUAAUGAUAUCUAUUGAUGCAAAAUACUUUGAUUGAAAUAAUUCUUCAAAGUGGGCUUCAUCUAAUUUCAAGGGUGUAGUGUAGGGAAACCAAGUUGCAUAGAAUUGUUUGCUGAUAUUUUGCCAUUGCAAGCUUCUUGAGUAUGUACAUGUAUAUGAAUCUAUUGUUAUUGAUAAUGAACUCUCAGAAAAUGUACCAAUUAUUUUUUUAUUCAUGCAGGGUGUCCAGGCACAGACAGUAUCAAAUUUUUUCCUAGCAUUUGAUAAGGAUUUACAUAUUAUCCCAGUACUCAACAAGGUACAUGAUUGUAUGUCACAGUCACGAUUUAACAUUUUCAGAUACAGUACUUUUUAAUCCUGAUUUAGUCGCAAACAAUGUUCUAAUUUUUUUCUUUUGAAGAUUGAUAUGAAGACUGCUGAUCCUGACAAUGUCUCAAAACAAAUGGAAAAAUUGUUUGAUGUCAAACAGAAUGAGAUUUUAAGAGUAAGUUAACAAAUAUGUAGAUAAUGAGCACAAUUACUUUCAAAGGCUCUUCAAUUCCUAAGAUAUGAUCAAUCAUUCUCCCUUAGAGCUGCAAGAAAUUCUCUCAAAAAUUAAGCCGAUAGAAUUUCAUAUUAUUUCAAGGUAACACUUUCUCACCAGUAUUCUUCUUUAUUCUCAACAUCUAUUUGCUGAUUAAUGCUUUUAAGUUGAGUGAAGAGGUUAAUUGUCAAUCAGCUCUCGGAGUUAGAAAUUAAUGUUAAAUCUUUUAUGUAUUGUAAAUGACACCUGAGGAUAAAACUGUUGCACAGGAAAUAAAAAAGAGAAAUAUUUGAAAUUCUGGCUUAGCACCAUUUCAGCUGUCCUCUCUAAUGUUUUCUUUCAUGUAUGGUAUUACGCUAGAUCUCUGCAAAAACAGGAGUUGGAGUGGACACUGUUCUGAAAGAAAUUAUUGAAAAAUUACCAUGGUGAGUUACAACUAAAGGAAAUUAUUUCAAAUUUCAAAUGAUCACCCUUGAAACAAAAUUUAAAAUAGAUAUUUCUUGUGAUAAGAGUAUCUCAACAACCAUUAACUAGAGGAACUUUGUCAUUGAGGCUUUUAUUCAAUAGACUUUGAAAACUGAAAACUAAAACUUGCAGUCAACACUGUAAGAUGAGGUUAUUAAAUUGUAGUCCUUGUAGUCCUCAGGGUGAGGUGUCAGCCCCCCUAAAAGCUCUUCUGUUUGACUCAUGGUAUGAUCAGUACAGAGGAGUGAUCUGCCUUGUUGCUGUUCUUGAUGGAUCACUGAAAAAGGGUAGGAUCACUUACUUAAUACCAUUAGAGGCAAUGUUUAAUAUUUAAAUAAUUAAUACCAGAUAAUUUAUGAAGUAAAGAUCUCUGAGGAAUGACUGCUGUAGUGAGGCUUAAUAAUCAAUAGUAUCAGACUUUUUCUUUGUUCAUUUAUACUCAUUGUCCAAUUUUUGUUAAUUUUUUAACAAUGUGGUUUUUUAAAGUAAUCUCUGCUGUAACAGAACAGACUUCUUGAACUGCUGAUGUACCAUUUUCUCUUCCAUCUCUUAUCCUACAGGAGAUGAUGUCAUGUCUGCCUACACACAACAGAAAUAUGAAGUCUUGGAUAUUGGAGUAAUGCACCCAGGGGAGAUCUCUACUGGUGCUCUGUAAGUUUAAUUUUUAACACCAAUUUAUAUAUUUAGGAGAAAGUUUUCCCCAGAGAAUUGCAAACCUGAACCUACUACUUGUAAGUUAGAGGUGCCAGUUUCUGUCCAGUGGUAUGCUUGUAAACAGCUGACGUAAAUAAUCUCCUUCAGUCUGCUUGGAUCUAACAAUGAUUUGUUUCAUUUGGUUGUACAGCCUCACUAGCUUUUGUUCUGUUGAGGGAAAACAUAGACAUAUUAUUUUUUAAGAAAAUAGAAUCAAUUAUUUCCAAACUUUCCCUUGAGCCUCAUUAAUCAAGACUGAAUGUAAUUCACUGCUAUAACAUGUACUGUAUGUGCCUUGUCUUAUUUAACAGGGUAGUACCCUGUAAAUUAAAAUGCAUAAUUCAUAUUGACUUGUUCUGCUUCCAGAUUUGCUGGUCAAGUAGGAUUUGUUGUUUGUGGAAUUAGGAACAGUAAAGAUGCUCAGAUUGGCGAUACAUUUUUCCACCCUCAUGCACCUGUUGAACCACUGCAAGGAUUUAAACCAAUGAACUCCAUGGUUAGUUGAUUCUGAACAUUUUUCAUUCUUUCACAUUCAACUCUUGUGUUAUUCUCUUCACGCAAACUUUUCUCACCAGACUCAUUUUGCUCCUUGUGUUCUUUGUAGGUGUUUGCUGGUGUGUACCCUGUAGAUCAGUCAGAACAUCUCUACUUAAGAUCUGCAAUUGAAAAGCUCACACUCAAUGAUGCUAGUGUCUCAGUUCAUCCAGAUAGUUGGUACGAAUAGAAGUUGCAAUUUUGUGAAUCAUUUUGUAAAUGUUGUCUACAGGAUGUAUGAUGUAGUUAAUCUAGUUUGAUGUAUUUUUAGCAUGCAAAUCUGAUGUUUGAUCAUGUUUUUAUGUGUACAGGAUUAAAUGCACAAUGUCCUAAUGCUAUUUGUGUAACUUUCUGAGAUGAUACUUUGGUACAGAAAAGUUAUGUAACAAGGGCCAUCUCUUAAGCUAUCCAGAAAUACAAUGAAAAUGCUGUGUGGUUCCCAUGGGAUCAUCACAUGUUCAAUUUGCUUGUAUAUCAUUAUUACCUGAUAUAAUAUUACAAAAAAAAUUGUGACUGAUGAGAUCUUCAUAGAGAGCAUAAAUUCUCCUUUUCAAUUAUGAAAUGUGGUAUUCAGCUGAAAGUUUUUCUCUUUCCUAUUGUACCUCAUAGUCUGGCUCUGGGUCAAGGAUGGCGUCUGGGUUUUCUUGGCUUGUUACACAUGGAUGUCUUUAAACAGCGGUUGGAGCAGGUGUGUAUGACUGGUAUAGGGGGGCACCUGAAUUAAUUGGGUGUAACCCCUUCCAGAAGGGAUAGCACAAGAAAAGUGUCUUUAGUAAUAUUUGUCCAUCAAUUUGAAGUGAAGACACCCCACUUAAUGACUGCCACAUCUCCUAUCUGAAUUUUUUAGCCAUCACUGAGUUUUCCAAUUGUUUUCCAUUUCAGGAAUAUGAUGCAAGUAUCAUCAUUACUGCUCCAAAUGUUCCUUACAAAGGUGCAUAACUGUAGUUUAUUAUUUACUAUGAAGGAUAGAAUGGUAUUCAGGGGCAGGAUAGCCAUUAGUGGAUCUUGCAAUCAAUAUAAAUGAAGAUGAUUUUUGGUAUCAAGAUCUCGGCUUAAAUGUGAGUCCUCUACCAUAUGCUUAUAGAGAGAAUAUUGGGUAAAUGGACAUUGAUCGUAAUUCAUGUCUGGAGAUCAACCAGGCCAGGGAAAUACUUUUGAAUUUAUCUUGAUUUUUUUUCCACAUUUUGUUUUACAGCAAUUUUGAAAAAGGAUGAUGUUGAGGUAAUGAUUCUGAACCCUUUGGAGGUAAGCUGCUUUUUGAUACAACAAACUAGCUAAACUGAAAAUGUCUGUCUUUGAAAGUUUUCUUUUUCAUGACUACAUUUUGUUGGUUUUCUUGUUGUUGCUUUUUUUCUGUUAACUUGGCAGCACUGCUUGCUACUACAUCGUCUUUGAAACGUUUUGACCAGAAUAAUUCGGUGAAAGGUAAAAUUUCAUGUAUUGAAUCAUUUUUGUUUGUAGCUCCCAGAGCCCUCUCAAGUGCACGCGUAUUUGGAGCCUUAUGUAAUGGGUACGAUUGUGUUCCCUGAAGAAUGUAUGGGCAAAAUGUUAAGUCUUUGCGAGGUGAGCUGUGUAGGAUAAACUGAUUGUGUAACAUGUCUUAUUUUCCCCUCUCCUCCCCAUAUGGGAUGCUAUUACCGUUGAAGUAGCACAGGUUACCACCCCUGCCCUCCCUUAAAAAACCUGGUUGUUCUAAUUUGUCCUUUUUUUAUUUUUUUACUUCCAGAGCAGGCGCGGUGAGCAGCAAGAAGUAAUUUACAUCGACGAGUCACGUGUCAUGCUGAAAUACUUGCUUCCGCUGAACGAAGUUAUCGUGGACUUCUACGAUGAUCUCAAAUCCAAGUCAUCUGGCUAUGCAAGGUUUGUCUUGGAGUGUGAAGAGUUGUUACUAUGGUUACUCUUGGUUCGCACUCGUCAGUGUGAAAGUAAAACUGCGGGAUAAGAGGCUGAAAACUGAUUGUUGGUUUUCUUCUUUUCAAUUUAUUUUAGCUUUGAUUAUGAAGAUGUUGGAUACAGAGAAACAAACGUUGUUCGGGUAGGGCUAAGCUGAAAUUUUACUUUUUAAUAUUUUGUAGAUUUUGCUAAAAAGUAGUCGACUAUUUAGCGGUACAAUGAUUCCUUAUUUACAAUUGACAUAACUUUUUUCUCAAGGUAUAAUUUUUUUUACAUGUUUCGUGGUUGUUUGUACAGAUGGAUAUCCUGAUAAACGGUCAUGCUGUUGACGCCCUAAGCUGUAUAGUUCACAAAGACAAAGCCUUACAAUCAGGACGGUCCAUUUGCGCUAAACUUAAGGACGUCAUACCCAGGUGAUUAUGGUGACAUACCUUUGGCCCUCUUUCAUCAUACAAGUCGGUUAGUGCUUAAAGUCAGACAUUUGUUGUGAUAGUGGCCAUAAGAUCCCAGAGAGCUCUGAAUGGUUACCACGGUCACGCUUAAGCUUUUUCGCGCGUGCGCUCACAGUUUUCCGCUUGUUAAGGAUGACGUGCCUUCUCGGACAUUUCUGCGCCUUGCCGGGAUGUCAGUUUAAGGUUUUUAUUGGUUAAUUUUGUCAGUGUCCAUCGUUGUCGCAGCGAUUCAAAGUAAGAUGUGAAUUAGCGCGCUACUACUCAUCAGAUAUCCUAUUUAGUAUUGAUCGGAAGUUUGGAUAUCAUCAAUUAAUGCUUUCUUUUAUGGCACAGGCAACUAUUUGAAAUUGUUAUUCAAGCUUCAGUGAGAGGAAAAAUCACAUCAAGAGAAACGUAAGUUCCGGUUGUUUAAAUAACUAUUUAGAGAGCCAGAUCCGUAACGUUGUGCUUUCUGCAAGGCAUUACCUGAUGAUAUUUAGAUACACCAGCCGAGUUGGCAAUGCAGGGAUAAAUUAGUCCUCUAUUUUUCUCUUUUUCUCAAGAAUUAAGCCCUUAAGAAAGGAUGUCACUGCAAAAUGCGUAAGUAUUGACUCUUGAUUAAUAUUCAGCUCCGGUUGUUUCUUUGAGACUUUAGUGCCUUUUAAUUUUUUUGUGUCAUUUUUGUACAGAUGAGAAGAUCAUAAUUUUUUUCUUAUGUUUUUGUUACCUUUUUGUUAAUUUUUGCCCAACUGGGUCAUUUUUUUUUAACAGUUUUAACUCUUUAACUUGUUUCCGUUCAGGGUAAUUUUUUCGUUAUGACCUCUGAGAUUAGCUUGUUUGUUUUUUCUAAUUGAUGUCAGUACAGUAAUUGUUUUUUCUUUCUAGUAUGGUGGUGAUGUGACAAGGAAAAUGAAACUACUUCGGCAGCAAAAGGAAGGAAAAAAGAAGAUGAAAAGGAUCGGAAAAGUGGACAUACCCCACCAUGCCUUUCUGAGUGUUUUAAAAAGAUGACGAUGACCUAUGGACACUUCAUUGGCGUUAUAUAAAUCCGUAUCCCUUGAUUGGCUGUAAAAACCAUCUCCGUGAAUAUAUGAAAUUCAUAUAUGUGAACUGCUGAUUAAGAAAUUAAUAUGGAAGCGAUCCUCGCAGUAAUGAACACUACUUAAACAGUACUGAAACUUAGGCUAGACAAAAAUUCAGGCCGGACAAAAAUUCAGGCCUGUACGGCCUGGUUAGUUCAUGGGUUCAAAUCCCGUACAGGCCUGAUUUAUUUAUUCAUCACUUCGCGGGUUUAUUACGAACCAACAUGAUAACCAGUUCCCAGUUACCUUGUUAGCUCAGUUGGUGAAGUACUGUACUACACCGGUAUCGCAGAAGUCAUGGGUUCAAAUCUCGUACAGGCCUGAA